AUGAGCGACACUGUGUUCUUCUCCUUUGUUAUCUUCCUGGGCAGCUAUUGGGGCACAGAGUCCCUGUCUAUCCCUGUGACUGAAGGUGUGGAGAAUUUCUCCUCAAGUUCCAACCAUCUUGAGGAAGAUAUGGCUAAGCUAUUUGAUGAGAUCUCGCUUCAGGUGUUUCCCAGCAAUCUAGAUGGCGCAAGAACAGCUAGCAGACUGAUCACGGGCAGAGACGUGAAUGAAACCUAUCUCCACCAUAAUGGCCCCAGCAAUUCUGACUUUGUAUCAAGUUCACAUAAGCAAGAUGAAUACUUGGCUAAUAUAUUUGAUGAGAAUUUGUGGCAGGUGCUUUCUAGCGAUUCAAAAUACUUACCAGAAGAAGAUGCGAGAACAACUGUUCCGCCACUCACAUGGACAGACAUGCAUGAAACUCAUUUUGCUGAGAAUGAAGAACCAUCUCUAUUUGACAGGGAUGUGCGCCAUCAAUUGGCUGUUGGAGACAAUGAAACACUCCAAGAAAACAUUCGAGGCGCCUCCAGGGACGGUCUGCCAUGCAGUCAGCUACUGAGCUUCCUGCAGAAGAACAUCACCUCUGCUACCGCCGCCACGGUGGCAAUCCUCCUGACGAUGGUGCUGGUGGUGUGCACGCUGGUCAUCUGUAUAAGGAAGAGACAGCCAAAGUAUCCUCCAGCGAACAUGACGUACAAUAUUUUUAUAAUGAACGGGAAGUCUUUGUGGCAAAAUUCCCAAGAUAAGCACCUCAAAAAGUUCAUGGGAAAGCAGAAGCACCUGAAGUACAAUUCCCCCGUCUAAGCCGGUGGAAGGACCAUCAAACUGCCACCCAGCCACUGCCGGAGGGU